GCCUCCCCCGCCCCUCGGGAAUCCGGGAUGAAAUAGGAAAUGUUCUCUUUCCUUCGUUCCACGAACAAUCCCGUCGGCCGGUAAUUGCGGUUUAUCUUUCCUUUUGAGCUUCAUAGUCGCAAAGAUACUUUUGCGCUGCUGAACUCUCGCCGCCCCGUUCCGUUAUUAAAUAAAGCGAGCGAGACCUGCGCUCUCCGACAUUCGCACCCGUCCCUUUUUCGUCUCGUCACCUCCCUGGCUGAAUUGCCACAUCGACGUUUUCCAUCGCUACAGUUCUCCUCUCGCUCAAUUGGAAUCGCAACGGGCUACAAGAUUACCAGCAGACCCUCCUCCGGAUAGUUCUCGUAAUUCUGCACCGCCAUGUCCUUCUCCAGUCUUGUUCACGACCUUUCCCUCCGUGACGCCAAUGCCGCCCACCCCAACCGGGGGGUUGCGUCUACAGUUUCGACUAUGGACGACCGCACUUCCCGCACUUCCCACAUCUCCCGCGCAAUGUCCUACACAAGUACGGCAGCCACGAGUGUGAGCAUCUGCGGCGACAUUUCUAGCCAGCUCCACGGCGGUUACUGCCAUCCUCUGGCACGGUCUUGGCAAGCCGAGCGACAACUCACAAAGUCGAUGCUUAUUUAUCCGCUUUUCGUCUCCGACCAAGACGACGAGGAGCUCUUAAUCCCGUCUCUGCCGAACCAGUACCGCCGGGGUGUCAACAGGUUAAUACCGUUCCUCGAACCCCUCGUCCACAAGGGUCUCCGGUCGGUCAUCUUGUUCGGAGUCCCAGUCAGGCCAGGUGUCAAAGACGCCCUCGGCACUGCUGCCGACGACCCCGAGGGCCCAGUCAUCCGAAGCAUCCGUCUCCUGAGGCAACGUUUCCCUCACCUCUUCAUUGUCACCGAUGUCUGCCUCUGCGAGUACACUUCCCACGGCCACUGCGGCAUUCUGCGCGACGACGGGUCGCUCAACAACCAGCUGUCGGUCGACCGCGUCUCGGACGUGGCCAUUGCAUAUGCUCAGGCAGGCGCCCACUGCGUCGCACCGUCCGACAUGAACGACGGCCGCAUCCGCGCCAUCAAGCUGAAGCUGAUCGAGGAGGGCAUGUCUCACCGCGUGGUGCUCAUGUCGUAUGCCGCCAAGUUCUCGGGAUGCCUCUACGGGCCCUUCCGCGAUGCCGCGGGCUCCGCUCCGUCAUUCGGCGACCGGAGAUGCUACCAGCUCCCACCGGGUGGUCGCGGCCUCGCGCGCCGCGCCAUCGUCCGCGACAUCAACGAAGGCGCCGAUAUCAUCAUGGUGAAGCCCGCAGGCCAGUACUUGGACAUCAUCAGCGACGCCAAGGAGCUGGGCAAGGAUCUGCCGAUCGCCGCGUACCAGGUCAGCGGGGAGUUUGCCAUGGUUCAUGCGGGCGCAAAGGCCGGUGUUUUCGACCUGAAGGCCAUGGCUUUUGAGUCCACCGAAAGCAUCCUCAGAGCUGGUGCGACGAUUGUCGUCAGCUACUUCGCUCCGGAAUUCAUGGACUGGCUAUCUGUCUAAAUUAGGGAGUGAGGUGUGUGGAGGGGGAAUAGAUGGGGAAAUGGGCGAAGGGGCGAGGGCGUAUAGGUGUCUGGGUAAUGAUGAUUCUGAUGCAACAAAGGAUGGGCGAGGUACGACUGACUGACACUGGGGACUGUCACCCAUCUUCUAUGUCUUUGGGAAGGUGUCAAUACUUCCUUGGGGUGUAGUAUAUAUAGUUUUGUUUACGCAUUAGACUAUAUAUAAAAAUUGAGUAUAUACAUUCAUAUCUCGUUGGGUUUCCAAGCGGCCGAUUGUGUGCCGGGAAGGAUUCCGCUUCCUCAGACAAUAGCAACCACAACAGCAACCAUGGCCGCUCUUGGCCUGGAGCCCGCGGCCGAUUUCAAAACAACACCGCUUCAGGGCGAAUGCCAAUCUUUGUUUCUGGAACACAUAAUGAUGUGGCAAGAGUAUG